GAAAGAAAUAAAGUUGAAUACAAGGGAAUACCAUUUCUUCCAACUUCCACGGUCCAAUUUUGAUUCUGGCAGCCAGGUUCCUCUCUCUGUUCCUGCCAGUUCCCUCUCUUUCUUUCUUCGGUCCUUCUCUUCUCUUCUCUUCUCUUCUGCGCUGCUCCUAAAGAGAAGAAGAAGAAGAAGAAGAAGAAGAAGAAGAAUGGAGGGUGAGGGUGCAGCAGUGUGGCAAGGUGCGGUUUUGGGUGGAAUAAUCUUCUGGCUUCUCUCUGCUUCAUAUCUAAAUCUUACUCGGAAACUUAGAUCUUUCUUCCAACCUUGGGUUUCUCACAGUGUUGACACUGGAACCCCAAUUAUCCUCCAGAUCCAGAGUUACCGUUUUGGAUUCCUGGAUGCCCUUUUUUCUGGGUUGUCGUGUGUUGUUUCUGUGCCCUUUUACACUGCUUUUCUCCCUCUGUUAUUCUGGAGUGGUCAUGGCCAAUUGGCGAGGCAGAUGACGUUGUUGAUGGCUUUUUGUGAUUAUGUAGGGAACUGCAUAAAGGACGUGGUUUCAGCUCCAAGACCUGCUUCUCCACCUGUCAGGAGAGUGACUGCUACAAAAGAUGAAGAAGAUAAUGCGUUAGAAUAUGGAUUGCCUUCUUCUCACACACUUAACACAGUUUGCUUAUCUGGCUACCUUUUGCACUAUGUCCUGAUUCAUACUCAAAUUCAAGGUGCCUAUGUUAAUUAUCUUGGAGUUUCUAUUGCUUGCUUGCUGGUGGCCCUAAUUGGUUUGGGAAGAAUUUAUCUUGGCAUGCAUAGUGUGGUUGAUGUUGUUUCUGGCCUUCUUAUUGGACUUGGGCUCCUUGCAUUUUGGCUCACGGUUGAUGAAUACAUAGACAGUUUUGUGAUCUCAGGACAAAAUGUUACAUCCUUUUGGGCUGCCUUGAGCUUCCUUUUGCUUUUUGCUUAUCCAACUCCUGAACUUCCAACUCCAAGCUUUGAGUUUCACACUGCUUUCAAUGGUGUUGCAUUGGGAAUUGUUACUGGGGUACAGCAAACAUAUCAUCAAUUUCAUCAUGGGAAUGUUCCUCGUUUGUUCUCUUCAGAUAUGACUAUACCUGUAUUUUUGGGAAGAAUGCUCUUGGGUAUACCUACAAUUCUAAUUGUAAAAUUCUGCAGUAAGGCUCUCGCAAAAUGGACUAUUCCUGUGGUAGCAAACACCUUGGGCAUCCCAAUAAAAUCAACCAGCUAUAUCCCCACGUUGAAUGGAUCUGUCACGGGUAAAAAGUCCGAUAAGCUUAAACAAGGAGGUUACUUGCAAAGGCUCCUUUCACGGCAUAAGGCAUUCGAUGUUGAUACUGGAAUUAGAUUUCUUCAAUACGCAGGCCUUGCGUGGUCUGUAGUCGACCUAGUGCCAUCUCUUUUUUCAUACUUGAGCUUGUGAUUUUGAGACAUGCUUACCAUUUUAUGAAAAUUUUGUACAGCAAGAGAUCGUCCCAUUUUGGUCAUGUCCACUCAAAAUUAUCUAUAAGAAAAUAUCAGAACGAUAGAUCAUUCCCACGCGGUAAAAUUUGCUCGACUCUCGCAGAUCCUGUUGAUUUCACAAAUUGAUCAGUCGUUGACGUUUU